AUGGGCGACCUCGAGGACAAAAUCCUGAAGAAGAAUAUCCCCGGCAAGUACACAUGGUGGGAAAAGGACAGCGACGAAGAAGGAGAAACCGCUCGGGCGGACUGGGUAGACCGGGAGGCGAGCGACCCCGAGAGGGAGAUGACGGAGAUGGAGAAGCAAAAGAAGUGGGUAGACAACGAUUGCCCCGAGCCCAUCCGGCGGACGAUCAUGGCGCGGCAGGAGAAGGAGAGGGCGAGGACUGGCGUGAAGGGCGUGCUGGCUGAUUUCGACGCCUGGAAACUCUCGGCGGAUGCGGAGGAUCUCAUUGCUAAGGAGUACCGAGCGGCGAUGCUCAAACGCAUGACGGAGGGUCAUACAGUUCCAGGUUCCUUGGCUGCCACCACCACCACCACCGCCACCACCGGCGACGGCAGCGACGGCAGUGACGAUGACGACGACGACGGGGGUUUCCUAGGGAGCUACCGCCGAAGGCGGUUGGAGCAGCUCAAGGCCACCGCGGGGCGGCCGCAGUUCGGGCAGAUCGUGGAGGCGGAGCGCUCAACGUUUGUCUCAGCGGUGGACACAGAGGACCCCAGGACUAGCGUGGUCGUGCAUCUGUACGAGCCGUAUAUCGACGCUUGUCGCCGAAUGAACAGGUUCUUGGAGGUAUGUGUACUAUGUAGGUUUGUGCGGGGGGGCGGCGGAGGGCUAAAGGUUGGUGAGAGCACGCUUUCGUUGAUGGCGGCUGCGACGCUUUUCGCGACUUGUUGCCUCGCGAGCAGAUACUUGGAGAUAUACAAGGUUUUGGCGACCAAGCAGCCCACGGUGAAGUUUCUGCGGCUGAGGAGCUCGGCGGCAGAGGGGGGCGACUACGACCCAGUGGCCCUGCCGACGCUGCUGCUCUACAGGGCGGGGGAAGUAGUCGGGUGCAUGACACGUGUCACUGACGACAUCGGGGAGAACUUCACGCAGGAGGACGUGGAGUGGCUGCUGCAGGAGCACGACGUUUUCGAGGCAUUACAGAACCCACAAGUUUCGGGGGCAGGGGCGGGGGGAGCGGGCGAAGGGGUUGCGGGGGGUGUUCACGGCAUGUCGACCGGCCGGAGGCGAAGAGAAGAUGGCCUCGCUGACAGCGACGAUGACGCUGGCAACGACAGCUGA